ACCACCAUUCAGACUAAUAUUACAAUAGUGACAUAAAGACAAUCUGUCAAUUCAAAGGUGAAAAUGAAUCCCCAAGAAAAUGAUGCUUCGAAGAAGAAAGCUGAAGAACUUGUUGGCAAGAAGAAUACAGCAGCAGUUGGACAAUCAGCAAUUAACCGAGCCACUAAAGCUGUUCGUGAUUAUCUAGAAUAUGAUUUUGAUUGUCUACUUUCUGAUGUCAAUAUAUUAACGCGUAUGAACCAAGCAUCUAUUCAACGCUAUAUGGAGUUGACUACGAGUACAAAUGAUAUGACGAGAAAAUUAAUUGAUAUCAAUAAUCGUUUUGAUUCAUUACGUGAUGCAUUGAAGAAAAUCGAUAAUUUCAACAAUGAAAUUGAACAAUUGGAAAAGAAAGCGUCUGAAAUAGACUUAUUAACGAGACAACUAGGGUACUAAAAUGUUGAGACUUUAACAGACGCAGUACUAUGCCUAUGCCCCUCCCCCCUUCCCAUAUUGUUCCAGUAGGCUAAUCAGCUUGUCGAAUAGUACUCCUCGGAUGACUAUCAUAUUAGUUCCUUUUCUACAGUUAUUGAAAGGAUAUGGUGAUUUCAGACGUAAGGGAAAGCAAAUUACCUUGAAAUAACUAUCUGCUUUUCUUCUCAGUUGUCUCAGUUAAUCUUUGCUACUUAGUUUUUCUUUUAUUUACCUUUUAAUAAUCUAAAAAUUUUUGAUAAUCAUUUUCAAGACUGUCUUCAUCAAGAGCUUACAUCAAGCUUGGACAGCGUUGAGGAUUACAGAGUGCUGGAUAGAUAGUACUACCUAAUUUGGGUUUCCUUAGCAAUGGGCAACCACCACCCUUCGGAAGAUAGCCCCAAGGACCUUCAGCUUCUUUCGAUGAUCAUGUUAUCUUUCAGUUACCGUUUUAAUAUAGAUUGGUUUGCAUUUCUUAGAUAAAACUGAAAUAAUGCUGUUCACUGAAGAUAAUUCUGAUCAGGAAGUUCAGAGUUGAUGAAGUAAAGGACCUUAACAUCUUAUUGUUUGAUACUUGUAAUUUCCCGUUGGUAUACAGGGUCGAAUUACUUGACCUCUGUUGGCAGAUUGGCUCCUAUGCGGAUGCCUCGAUACUUCCGGGUAUUCAUCAUGCUGUGUUUGUCUUGGCGACUAGCAGUGGACAUAUGUUUCGUCCUGUUUGGGACUCGUC